UGUGUGUGUGUGUGUGUGUGUGUGUGUGUGUGUGUGUGUGAGUGUGAGAGAGAGAGCGCGCGAGAGAGAGAGAGAGAAUGCUAAUGAUACAGGUUUGAUGGACACACAGAGGACGAUAGCUACUCAAAGAGCAUUGUGAUAAACGCAGCAAGGGCACAAAUAGCCAUACCCUCUGCACUGACCUCUGCUGAGCUGAGAUUGAAUUUCUGAGCGUGUUACCACUCCGUACCUCGAGCUGUUUCCUUCUUGACAUCGGUGCCCUGCCACAGAAAUAGCGUGCGAGCGAGCAGCUUGCCUCAAACUUUUCUUCGGUUUCCUUUUUGAUGAUCGAUUGGUUUCACCGAAUAAGAAGUUUGCACCCUGCUCUGGGUCAGCCCUGCUCGCCUGGGUAAAGAAAGUUCACCGAAGAAGGGCUUGGUGGAGAGACACAACUUGACGACCCAUCCAAGGACUUUAUGAUUUCUAAGGAUUUGUGACAGUUUAAAAACCAAACACUGAAGUUGAAAGUCAUGCAAAAAGACACCUUCUACAACAGCAACCAAUAUCUGUGUGGAAAUGGCCCCAGUUGUAUUGGCAGAGGACAGAGAUAUCCCCAGGUUGCUGCGUGUGCUUUGCAGUCUACUGGUGACUACUCCACGGCCCCUCAUAAAUCAAGACAAGGUCCUGACGGCUGCCAGUGCAGUGUUAAUAACCAGUCCUCCAUAACAUCACCCAUCCUCAGCAGCAACCUGCACUUGCAGUCUCCCAAUUCUCAGGCUUCUGAUAUUCCGAGCAGUAGGUCGGCUCCCAAGGAUCUUCGGCAAGACUUACAAACGCCCGCCAAACAAGUUUUCGCUUGGAUGAAGGAGUCUCGCCAGAGCACGAAACAGAAAACACACUCAGUGGAGAACUACCUAGCUGAGAGUCGGCCGGAUUACGCCAGCUCAAAGCGCGCCCGGACAGCCUACACCGGCGCGCAGCUCUUAGAGUUGGAGAAGGAGUUCCACUUCAGUCACUACCUCUGCCGUUCACGGCGCCUGGAGAUGGCGAACCUGUUGAACCUCACUGAGCGGCAGAUAAAGAUCUGGUUUCAAAACCGGAGAAUGAAGCACAAGAAGGAUCAACGGGACGCGCGCAUGACACCUGCUACGCAAGAGUCGCCCUGUAGUCCAAAGCUGCAGUCCGCGGGUGCGGUCACUGGAGGAGGCGGCUAUCGAUACCCAGUCCAUCCUGCCCACCACAACAUGCGUUUUGAACCACCAUCUCCUACGUAUAGCAGUAAAUCCCAUCCCAACGCAUGCAAUUACUUUGCGUCGCAUCCGUCUCCACUGGUAGGCGAUGCAUCCUUCGAAGGCCAGUGCUCAGAGAACGUGAGUAAAAGCACCGCGACCAAUUACGAGACGAAUGGUCUACGAGACAGCAGCAGAUGGACACACGGACAGAGAGGUUCUCAGGGAAACGACUGCUGCUCAGUCCAAGAAGCUAACACUGAUCCAUCAUCAGUUGGACAGACACGUCACCUUCACCAUCCCUCUGACUGCAUGGACUACACUGGGGAGACCAUUUUAGGUAACAACCAUUCCUGCGAUCCCGACCCUUGCACAUACACAGAUCCAACAUUGCACUACUCCCAGGGAAUGAUCCAGGAAUUACCCAGACUUACCCAUCUUUGAUGGGGCAACAAGACCCUAUAUGUCCCGAAGGCCUCACCUCCCUUUUCCUAGUUCUGCAGGUUGUGGAGUUCUUUGCCCACUGUAUGAACUCUUGGCAUACGCUGACGUCGGCUAGGCAACCACAUCUAGUGAACAUAAUGUUUGUCUAAUGUAAGAGCAGAUGGAUCAAAAUGUUAUUCUUUGAAGUGCUAGUAGGGCUUGCCUCAGUGCAGUUAGCUUCACGGUUUAAGGAUUUACAUUGAUGGUCUAAUGAUGCGCUAAAUUUUGGGAUAAGGCGGCACCAUCCUUAAAGAAUUCUGAAAAUACAGACAACAUUGUUAUUAUUAGGUGCACCACAGGCUAAUAGCAUUCGAACUUAACUUCACUGACGUGCAAUCAUGAAUGAAAUACAGAGCAAAGCAAAAGGAUGUAUUUGAUUUUCAAUAAAUGUUGUCUGUCA